AUGGACAUGCUACAUUCGCAAGCGUUUUCUACUACCCCUCAAGCAGUUAAACAGGCGCAAAAGACCAUCCUACAAGAGGCGAAGAGCGAAGAAAAGUAUGUAAAGAAUAUACUCAAAGACCUUUCGCACACGGAAAAAAUCGAACACAAGGCUGAGAAGGAGGCAAGCAAAGCCGAGAUUGCCUUGGAGUCUUCCAAGAAACAAGAACAGCAGGCCCUCAAAGACGUCUACAGGGCUGAAAAUAGACGCAACGCUAUAGUAGCUGAGAUAGUCCAGAUACGGGAUGAAAUCGAGGUUGCAGAUAAACUUGAAAGCUCCCUUGAAGAGCUUGAAAAGAAGGAACAAGCCGCUCUCAAGGACGUGUAUCGGGCGGAGAAUAAAUACCAUGUUACAAUCGCCAAUGUGGAGCAGGCACGUCAAGACUAUGAGAUUUCGUCACGAAACUACGAUGCAACCAGAACGGCAUUGCACAGAAAGACUUCGUACGCCGACGAUGUCCUUGCUAAACAUGAUGAAAAUACUGAUAGCCGAACUAACUUCACGUGCUAG